AUGAAGUCUCCUAAGAAGAAAGCUGGUGAUGCAGUUAAAGUUUCGAAAAUUGUGGAAAAGCCUAUUGAGGCUGUAAAAGAUAUACCUUCGAAGAAUUUGGUGCCGUCGAAAUCAGGCAUUUUGAAGCGACUUAAGAAGAAAUCAAACGGACCAAGGCACUCUCCUGAAAGAUCGUACAGUUUUUCUCCAACUAUGGUUAGAAAGCCUCAUGUUACUCACAGAGGUGUUAUAAUUCGUGACAUACCUACACCAGUUUCUCCUUCAUUGAAAAAGAGGAGGGUUGAAGAUGUUGCGAAACACAUCACCAAGAAGCAAAAGAAAAGGAGGCUAAUUAUUCGUCAAGAUUCAGUAUAUGAUGAAAUUGUACCAGAAACUCAGUUACCUUCCAUAUCAUCACAAAAGAAGUCUACACCGGAGGAAAUUGAAGUACCUCUCAGAUCAUAA